GUCCAGGAUGGGGGCCCCAUCUGUCUGGGCCUCAGGCCUGCUGAUUACGAUGCUGCUUUUUGUGGCUGGGGACCAGGGCCCAGAGGACGCCGCCACGGCCACGGCCACGGCCACCGAGAAGGCACUGCAUAUGCAGAAGCUAGGCUCGGGGGCCGUCCGGGCCGCUCUGGCAGAGCUGGUGGCCCUGCCCUGUCUCUUUACCCUGCAGCCACGGCCGGCUGCCACCCGAGAGGCCCCUCGCAUCAAGUGGACCAAGGUGCGGACGGCGUCGGGCCAGCGACAGGACGUGCCCAUCCUGGUGGCCAAGGACAACGUGGUGCGGGUGGCCAAGGGCUGGCAGGGGCGAGUGUCACUGCCCGCCUACCCCCGGCGCCGGGCCAACGCCACGCUCCUGCUGGGGCCGCUGAGGGCCAGCGACUCCGGGCUCUACCGCUGCCAGGUGGUGAGAGGCAUCGAGGACGAGCAGGACCUGGUGCCACUGGAGGUGACGGGCGUCGUCUUCCAUUACCGGGCAGCCCGGGACCGGUACGCCUUGACCUUCGCCGAGGCCCAGGAGGCCUGCCGUCUCAGCUCGGCCAUCAUCGCGGCCCCGCGGCACCUGCAGGCAGCCUUCGAGGAUGGGUUUGACAACUGUGACGCCGGCUGGCUCGCUGACCGGACCGUCCGGUACCCCAUCACUCAGUCCCGGCCCGGUUGCUAUGGCGACCGUAGCAGCCAGCCGGGAGUUCGGAGCUAUGGGAGGCGAGACCCCCAGGAACUCUACGACGUGUAUUGCUUUGCCCGAGAACUGGGGGGUGAAGUCUUCUACGUGGGCCCGGCCCGCCGCCUGACCCUGGCCGGAGCGCGCGCCCAGUGUCGCCGCCAGGGCGCCACGCUGGCCUCCGUGGGACAGCUGCACCUGGCCUGGCACGAGGGCCUGGACCAGUGCGACCCCGGCUGGCUGGCGGACGGCAGCGUGCGCUACCCGAUCCAGACGCCGCGCCGGCGCUGCGGGGGCCCAGCCCCGGGCGUGCGCACCGUCUACCGCUUCGCCAACCGCACCGGCUUCCCCGCGCCCGCCGCCCGCUUCGACGCCUACUGCUUCCGAGCUCAUCACACCACGCCACACCAUGGAGACCCAGAGACUCCCUCCUCUGGGGACGAGGGGGAGAUUCUGUCGGCAGAAGGCCCCCCGGUGCGAGAUCUGGAACCCAGCCUGGGGGAGGAGGAGGAGGUUGUGCCCGAGGCCCGGGAGCCCCUGCUGUCCAGCGGGGAAGAAGAGCCCCUGUUCGUGGUGGAGAAGCAGGAGUCUCAGGAGAACCCCGGCCCUACCUAUGGGAGCCCCACUCUGGCCUCGUGGCCCACGGAGGCAGCGUGGCUGGGCACCGUGGCCCCCAGCCCCGGUGGCAUCAGCGCAGGCCCCGCGGCGUCCACGCCCACAGAUGCCCCCACGGGCCCCACGUGGAGGAGAGGACGUUUUAAAGGGUUGAACGGGCGCCACUUCCAGCUGCAGGAAGAGGAGCUAGGGGUGGAGUGGGGUCUCGAGGCCAGCGCCCAGCCCCUCAGCCCGGAGGCUGCUGGGAAUCACGUGGAACCUCCCUUGGCCACGGAAGCCACGGAGACGCCGGGGAGUGGCCGGAGCCAGAGUCCCUGGGUCAUGCUGACCAAUGAAAUUGAUGCGCCUGAAGCUGAUUCCCGUGGUGGCAGGAGCCCUGCACAGCCCCGGCUGUGGCCUCCGACCGUGGCCCCAGCCAGCCCCCCGAGCCCCAGCAGGGCCCCUGGCCUGAAGUUAAAGGAAUCUGCGGACCCCAGCGGGAAACCAGCCACCCCCAGCCUGUCCUGGUCCCCCACGGAGGCCACGGUCCCGGCCCCCAGCCCCUCUGAAGACCCCAGCACAGUUCCUUGGGGGGUAUCCCCCACAGCCACAUCCCCAGACCUCCCCGUCAUAGCCAUGCUGCGUGCCCCCAAACGAGGGCUCACACCAGACCCCACGGAGGGUGCCACCGAGGGCCACCGCGAGGCCACCGCUACUGCCACAUCCUUGCUUGCGACAGAGACGGAGGGGACUGCCCCCUCCCCCUCCUGGCACCCAGCAGGGCUGGGGGGAGAAGCCACACCCACGACAGCCACGGACACAGGAACUGGAGCCAGCCCGGACUCCCCCGGAGACGCUGGGGGGCCCAGCCCUUCACAGCACGCCAGCCGCAGCCCCUGGGUUUCCGUGGGCGGGGCCACGCCGGCUGAUGUCACCCCCACGGAGGCUGCCGCCGAGCCCACAAGCGUGAGAGACAUCUUGGGGUCAGCGUCUGGGGUCUUUAACAGGGCAGAGAGCCCCACUUCCGGCUUGCAGGCCACCACGGAGGAGGUGGGCUCCACCCCCCCUUCAGCAUCCUCAGGGGACCCUAGAGUUUUUGUGGUGCCCAGAAUCACCCCAAGUUUGGGGCCUAGGGCUUCUGCAGGUGUAGGACCCACGGUGGAUCCCGCGGGUCCCUCGGUCACGCCGGAAUCCAGCGACACCACCGGCCUUUGGGAAUCCAGAUCGCUCAUGAUUGAGGGGACUGAGAGCCCCACCUGGCGCCCUCUGGUGACGUUCGAUGCAAGCAGGGUGACGACGUCCCUCACGUCCCCAGACCAGGGGGACAAGACUGAUGCCCUGGCGACGUCCAUCCUGGCCACCGCGAGCUUCCAACCCCAGCCAGAGCCGGAGGGCCGGACGGUGGCCGAGGGGACACCUGGAGCGUCAGUCUCUCCUCCACCAUGCACACCCACCACAGCCGGCAUGGACGAGGCUGUCUCAGCUCCCUCCGGGGAGCCUGCGGUGCCGUGGGACGCCCCCAGCACCCUGCCACCUGUGUCCCAGGGCACAGGGGACCUGCGGCUGGAGCUCUUGGCCGGGAGCCCAGCAGUGGACGGCUUCUGGGAGGAGGUGGCGAGCGGAGAGGAGCCGGUGCUGCUGGGAAGCCCUGGGAAUGGGAGUGCAGAGGAGGCACCCUCGGAUCCCUGCGAGAACAACCCUUGCCUACACGGAGGCACGUGCAGUGCCAACAGCACCAUGUACGGCUGUAGCUGUGACCAAGGCUUUGCCGGGGAAAACUGCGAGAUUGACAUUGAUGACUGCAUGUGCAGCCCCUGUGAGAACGGAGGCACCUGUGUCGACGAGGUCAACGGCUUUGUGUGUCUCUGCCUCCCCAGCUACGGGGGCAGCCUGUGUGAGAAAGACACUGAGGGCUGUGACCGGGGCUGGCACAAGUUCCAGGGCCACUGCUACCGCUACUUCGCUCACCGGCGGGCGUGGGAAGACGCCGAGAGGGACUGCCGCCGCCGGGCCGGCCAUCUGACCAGCGUCCACUCUGUCGAGGAGCAGAGCUUCAUCAACAGCUUUGGGCACGAAAACACGUGGAUCGGGCUGAACGACAGGAUCGUGGAGAGGGACUUCCAGUGGACGGACAACACAGGGCUGCAAUACGAGAACUGGCGCGAGAACCAGCCGGACAAUUUCUUCGCGGGGGGCGAGGACUGCGUGGUGAUGGUGGCGCACGAGAGCGGCCGCUGGAAUGACGUCCCUUGCAACUACAACCUCCCCUACGUGUGCAAGAAGGGCACAGUGCUGUGCGGCCCCCCUCCCGCGGUGGAGAACGCCUCCCUGGUCGGCGCCCGCAAGGCCAAGUACAACGUCCACGCCACCGUGCGCUACCAGUGCGACGGGGGCUUCUCCCAGCACCACGUGGCCACCAUCCGCUGCCGUAGCAACGGCAAAUGGGACAGACCCCAGAUUGUCUGCACCAAACCCAGACGGUCACACCGGAUGCGGCGACACCAUCACCACCACCAGCACCACCACCAGCACCAUCACCACAAAUCACACAAGGAACACAGAAAGCACAAACAGCCCCCGGCAGAGGACUGGGAGAAGGAGGAAGGGAAUUUCUGCUGAACCGCAGGAGGAAGAAGCACAGCUCCCCCCCUCCCCCAACAGAACCUUCCGGAACCUUCGCGUGGGGAGACAGAGCCCAGAGAGAGACGAGAGCGUCUGGGAGCCCCUGAA